UUUGUUAUCUCACUCUAUUGGGUCUGUCUUCCCUAUGAUAUGCCCCCUGGCAGCCGUUCUGAGUGCCAAAUUCAUGAGAACGAGAGCAGCAAAAAUCAAAAACGUUAAAUUGUUAUCUGCUUGCCUGAAUAUAAUAAUCCCGUUUCCAGCGCCUCACAGCGCCCGUCCGUCAUCGUUCCCACUCUUAUUCUUUACACAUUUUUUUUUUUUGCCAAUUAUUUAUUCCUUUCGUUCCUCGCCUUCUUCUCUAGCGCCCAUCGCUGUCCUCCCAUCAUUCCUAACGCCCAACUCUUCCUGCAGUGUUUUCUAUCGCCUCUCUUCAUUUUUGCCCCGUCUGUCGAGUAAUUUCGCGCUCUCCACUUUGCAUCUCUUCAACACUCGCACGUAGCGCGAUUUUUUUCUACCCUUAUUUUUUUUUUUCUGCAGCGAACCUUCACUGCACAGCAUGGAAUCAUCACACACCACAGGAAACAGCUCGACAGCAACACCAGGAACAAAGACACGGCCAUCGUCAGGCCUUGUUCCCAACCAUGCGUCCGCAUUCGCCAUGCCAGUACCUACACACCAUGGACUCACAGCCAGCGUCGAUAACACACCUCCAGCUUCGGUAGCAUCCACCUCAGCGAGCGUACCGACCUCAUCCGCAUCCAGCUCACGGGGGACUGACCGGCCGACACAUGUAUCACCUUUUGCGCACUCUCUCAACUCUGGCGAAACCGCAGGUUAUCCACAGUUCAGCACCCGGCUGGCGCAUGAUCAUUUUAACCCCGCACAUUUGCCAAUGACACCUGGAGAGGAAAUGGUUUUCGAUCGCGGUCUUUUGUUUGCUUCUCACCAACCUUCGACACGGUCAGACCCAACGAAUGCCCUCAGGAGCGCACCCUUGCCUGAGGUGCCGGCGAUCGACCGGAGCAGUUCCGAUCCAGAAAACUCUGCGGAACAGAAUCAUUCAGGAAGUCUGCCACGCCAGAUUCGAUCGACACCUAUUCAUAUCCCAGCAAUCCACCAUUCUUCUCCCAUGCCCUCGAAUCGUGCGUCCAUUGUCCAUUCUCAAGGAUUCCCAUCACGCUCGCCUUCGCCCAACCCUUCGACAACCACUCAAGGGUUCGCAAUGUCACAUCCAACGCCCGAAUCGGAUAUUUCUCUGGAUCACCAGGCCAAUGGCGGCACACACCUUCCUUAUACCCGGCCCUCAGCAACGCCCGCAGCCCUCCGGCCGGACUCUGUAUGCUCCUUCCCCGACAGCUCGCCAUUGAUGGCCCCAAAUGUCCUUGCAGCUGUCGAUGCCAGGUUAAAAGAAUCCUCACGCCAGCGAGCCUUGGCUGCCCAGCCCUCUUCAUCCUCUCCCCGCCCACCACGGCCACGGUCUGCGGUCCUAGGAGCCACACACAGUAUUUCGUCCAAUGCCAACUCACCAGCCUCUAGUCUGGCGCCCGUCACAACACAUCUCGCGGUUUUGCAGAACUCGGAAUCCAUCACCAGCAAAGAGGAUCUGUACGACAUCUUGAACAGGGAUGACGACGAUGACGACGUGUUUGGCAGUGACAGUGAGGGUCUAGGGAAGCCCCGGCCGGGUUUCAUCUCCUCUGGUCAUCGAUCUUCGAAAUCGUCGCGUCCGAACUCGAGCUAUUCUUCGUCGAGUGCUGGGGGUGGUGGGAUUGAGCUGAACGCGAAGGGAGAACGACUCCUGGCGGCGUCGCUGCCACGGCCGGUACAGGCCAAGGUCAACAGGGAGGGGUCGAUCAAGGGCUCGAAGAGGAUGGAGCUCGUCUCGGCCGCGAUGGUGACCAAGGAUCAGAAGGAGAACUAUAAUUCCUCCGACUCGGAUUUCGGCGGUCGCAUCCUCAUGGAGAAGAGCGAAUGGUUGAAGCGCAAAAGCAGGACGAGCCGCAAGUGGCGCGGGAUCUGCUGCGUCGUCGGUAUCCUUGCCCUGGUGGGGGUCAUCGCCGGCAUUGUCUUGGGCUUUGUCACGCGCAAGGGCAAGAUCGAUGGUCUUGCUCCACUACCGUACGUUCCUUUUUUGAAUCCUGAAUCCUGAAUAUUUUUUUUUGUGUCUCUAAAAAUGCUGCGAUGCUGUGCCAGUCUAUUUUCGAUUGUCUAACCCUUCAUAAUUUCAUGCAUCCAUUCCAUUCCAUUCCUCCCCCCACUUCCUGG